CUGUGCACAGACACACUGAACCAGAUAAAGAGAUCAUCAGAACUUUACUCUUUAAGUUGUGUGUUUUCUUGGUAGUGUAGUGAGAGGGGAUUGACAAAAGCCACAUACGCAGGGUAUCAGUUUGACCCAGAAAGGCAGCAGGGAAGUUUCUGAGAGGAGGCAGAGAGAGACACGUUAAACAGGCAAGCUAACGAUAUGCAGGGAGCAGUGAAUCUGGGGUCUGUACUGUUCAUGGGGUGGACUGUCUUGAUCCUCCAGGUGUCCCAUGUGCAGCCACAAAAUCUCACACAGGAGAAUUUUGAUCUGGAGCAGUUUAUGGGGAAGUGGUAUGAGGUGGCAGUGGUGUCUACAUGCCCUCAUUAUAUGCAGCGCAAGAGGGGAAACCCUGUGACUGUUGUGCUGGAGCUGAAACAUGUUGCUUCUGAGGGCAACUUCACAAUGACAGCUUCUGCUCUCAGGAAUGGGUUGUGUACAGAUACGUCAACAGAUUAUAGUUUGACUAACACUCCAGGGCGAUUCUUCUACCAUGCAGCAAGGCUCGGAGCAGAUGUUGAUGCCUUUGUGCUUCAUACCAAUUAUGAUGAAUAUGCUGUCAUUUUUCUGCUGAGCACAGAGAAACCAUCGGGAAAUAAAACCACCAUAGUCAAGCUUUACAGUCGGACUGUGGAAGCAAGUCUUGCUGUGAUGGAUCACUUUAAAACACUGGUCAGACAACGUGGAAUGAGCGAAGAUGCUGUCAUCGUGAAUCAGUACAAAGGUGAGUGUGUUCCAGGUGAACAGAAGACAGAGCCACCUACUCAGGUUUUUGUUCCCAAGAGGUCAAAAAGAAAUGCGGCGCCUUGUAAGAUUCAUCCCUGAGAAGACUUCACUGAGAGGGAAACUGAUCAAACCAUCUCAGCUUUGUGUCUUUAACUUUGUCAUUUCUGCCUCCUCCAGCUCAGCCUCUCAGCUUUUUGUUAAUGCCACUGUCCCAAAACCACACAUCACAGCAGGACUCGCUACCGUCUUGUAAAUCUUCCCUUUCACUCUUGCUGCUUUCCUUCUGUCACAAAUUACCCCAACGCUCAUCUCCACCCGCUCCACCAUACCUGCAUUCAUGUCUUCACCUCUUUUGUGCGCUGUCCAUUGUUUUGAAUAGUUGACCCCAGGUAUUUCAACUAUGUGUGUAUUAAUAAUAAAUAUAAAUAUAAGAAACAUAUG